CUGGCCCGCCGCAGCAUGGAGGAGGCCGCGGCGGCGGCGCGGGGCCGCGGCCCGCGGGGCCGGGGGCCGCUCGGGCUCCUGGGCCUGGCGCUGCUCUGGGGGCUGGGCGCCGCCGAGGCGGAGUUUUCCAUCCUGGACGAAGCGCAAGUUCUGGCGACGCAGAUGAAGAAGCUGGCGGCCGAGGAGCUGGGGGUGGUCACCAUGCAGAGGAUAUUCAACUCUUUUGUGUACACGGAAAAAAUAUCCAAUGGAGAAAGCGAAGUCCAGCAGUUGGCAAAAAAAAUUCGUGAGAAGUUUAACCGUUACUUGGAUGUUGUGAAUCGUAACAAGCAAGUGGUGGAAGCGUCGUACACUGCUCAUCUGACGUCGCCGCUGACUGCGAUCCAGGACUGCUGUACUAUUCCCCCCUCUAUGAUGGAAUUUGAUGGGAAUUUUAACACCAAUGUUUCUAGAACUAUUAGCUGUGAUAGACUCUCUACCACUGUUAACAGCAGAGCCUUCAAUCCUGGACGUGAUUUAAAUUCUGUUCUUGCCGAUAAUCUGAAGUCUAACCCAGGAAUCAAGUGGCAGUAUUUCAGCUCAGAAGAAGGCAUUUUCACUGUUUUCCCAGCCCACAAGUUCCGGUGCAAAGGCAGCUAUGAACACCGCAGCAGGCCUGUCUAUGUUUCUACUGUUAGACCUCAGUCUAAACAUAUUGUUGUCAUUGUGGACCACGGGGCUUCAGUCACGGAGACACAGCUUCAGAUUGCCAAAGACGCUGCUCAAGUUAUUCUGAGCUCAAUAGAUGAGCACGAUAAGAUCUCUGUGUUAACCGUGGCAGACACAGUAAGAACCUGCUCGCUGGAUCAGUGCUAUAAGACGUUUCUGUCUCCCGCCACUAGUGAGACAAAAAGGAAGAUGUCCACCUUCGUUAGCAGUAUAAAGCCGUCCGACAGCCCUACGCAGCACGCAGUAGGAUUUCAAAAGGCAUUUCAGUUGAUACGAAAUACAAACAAUGGCACAAAACUCCAAGGAAAUACCGAUAUGGACAUAAUUUAUCUCUCAGCUGGGAUUACGUCGAAAGAUUCCUCCGAAGAUGAUAAAAAGGCUACUCUGCGUGUCAUCAAUGAAGAAAAUAGCUUCCUCAAUAACUCAGUGAUGAUUCUCACUUAUGCGCUUAUGAACGAGGGGGUGACAGGUUUAAAAGAGCUGGCCUUUCUCCGAGACCUGGCAGAGCAGAACUCUGUGAAAUAUGGAGUGCCAGAUCGAACAGCUUUACCUGUGAUCAAGGGAAGCAUGAUGGUUUUAAACCAGCUAAGUAACCUAGAAACUACAGUUGGACGAUUCUAUACAAACCUCCCCAACCGAAUGAUUGAUGAAGCAGUCUUCAGUCUGCCUUUCUCAGAUGAAAUGGGAGAUGGCCUGAUAAUGACUGUAAGUAAACCUUGUUACUUUGGUAAUCUGCUGCUGGGGAUCGUUGGAGUAGAUGUUAAUCUUGCGUAUAUCUUGGAAGAUGUCACCUAUUAUCAAGAUUCCUUGGGUUCCUACACAUUUCUCAUAGAUAAUAAAGGAUAUACUCUUAUGCACCCGUCCCUUACGAGGCCCUACCUGCUGUCUGAACCUCCGCUGCACACUGACAUUAUUCACUAUGAGAACAUUCCGAAGUUCGAGCUGGUACGGCAGAACAUCCUUAGCAUCCCCUUGGGCAGUCAGAUCAUUACAGUCCCUGUGAACUCCUCACUAUCUUGGCAUGUAAACAAGCUGAGAGAAAUUGGAAAAGAAGCCUACAAUGUCAGCUAUGCCUGGAAAAUGGUCCAAGACACAUCCUUUAUUCUGUGUGUUGUGGUGAUACAGCCAGAAAUACCUGUUAAACAGCUUAAGAAUCUCAACACUGUCCCCAGUAGCAAGCUCCUGUAUCAUCGCCUGGAUCUGCUGGGCCAGCCUAAUGCCUGUCUGCACUUCAAGCAGCUGGCAACCUUAGAAAGCCCUACAGUCAUGCUGUCUGCAGGCAGCUUCUCUUCUCCUUACGAGCAUCUCAGCCAACCCGAGACAAAGCGGAUGGUGGAGCAUUACACCGCCUACCUCAGUGACAACACCCGGCUGAUCGCUAACCCUGGCCUUAAGUUCUCCGUCCGAAACGAAGUGAUGGCGACCAGUCACGUCACGGAUGAAUGGAUGACACAGAUGGAAAUGAGCGGCCUCAACAGCUACAUUGUGCGGCGGUACAUCGCGACCCCCAACGGGGUGCUCCGCAUCUACCCCGGCUCCCUCAUGGACAAAGCCUUCGAUCCCACCCGCAGACAAUGGUACUUGCACGCGGUGGCCAAUCCAGGCCUGAUAACGUUCACUGGUCCCUACCUGGAUGUCGGAGGGGCAGGCUAUGUCGUUACCAUCAGUCACACAGUCCAUUCUUCCAGUGCACAGAUGUCUUCGGGACAUUCUGUGGCAGUGAUGGGCAUUGAUUUUACCCUGAGAUACUUCUACAAAGUUCUCAUGGACCUACUACCAGUUUGUAACCAAGAUGGAGGGAACAAAAUUAGGUGCUUUAUUAUGGAGGACAGAGGGUAUCUCGUGGCACACCCAACCCUCAUCGAUCCCAAAGGACAUGCACCGGUAGAACAGCAGCAUAUUACACACAAGGAGCCUUUGGUAGCAAAUGACAUUCUGAACCACCCAAACUUUGUCAAGAAAAACCUCUGCAACAGCUUCAGCGACAGAACAGUUCAGCGGUUUUAUAAAUUUAACACUAGCUUAGUGGGGGAUCUGACCAACCUUGUGCACGGCAGUCACUGUUCCAAAUACCGCCUGACGCGAAUCCCGGGCACCAACACCUUUGUGGGAAUUGUCAAUGAGACCUGCGAUUCCCUUGCCUUCUGUGCCUGCAGCAUGGUGGACAGGCUCUGCCUCAACUGCCACAGAAUGGAACAAAAUGAAUGUGAGUGCCCUUGUGAGUGCCCUCUAGAGGUAAACGAAUGUACUGGCAACCUAACUAAUGCGGAGAGCAGGAAUCCCAGUUGUGAAGUUCAUCAGGAGCCAAUGACUUUCACAGCAAUUGAUCCCAGCUUACAGGAUGCUCUGCCGCAGUGUAUUAAUACUCAGUGUAAUCAGAGAACAGAGAGCGGGGAUUGCUUUGGUGUGUUGGACUGUGAGUGGUGUAUGGUAGACAGUGAUGGGAAGACCCACCUGGAUAAAUCCUAUUGCGCCCCUCAGAAAGAAUGCUUUGGUGGCAUUGUGGGAGCAAAGAGCCCAUAUGUGGAUGACUUGGGAGCAAUAGGAGAUGAAGUAAUCACUCUAAACAUGAUAAAAAGCGCACCAGUUGGACCAGUGGCUGGAGGCAUUAUGGGUUGCAUUAUGGUGCUUGUCCUAGCAGUAUAUGCAUAUCGCCACCAGAUACAUCGGAGGAGUCACCAGCACAUGUCGCCUCUGGCUGCACAGGAAAUGUCAGUGCGUAUGUCGAACCUGGAAAAUGACAGGGAUGAGAGAGAUGACGACAGCCAUGAAGACAGAGGAAUCAUUAGCAACACGUGGUUUAUAGCAGCGGUAAUAGAGCGGCAUGCCCAUAGCCCCGAACGCCGACGCCGGUACUGGGGGCGCUCAGGAACCGAGAGCGACCACGGCUACAGCACUAUGAGCCCUCAGGAAGACAGUGAGAAUCCUCCCUGCAAUAAUGACCCGUUAUCAGCCGGAGUGGAUGUCGGAAACCACGACGAAGACUUGGACCUGGAUACCCCCCCUCAGACCGCUGCACUGUUGAGUCACAAGUUUCACCACUAUCGGUUGCACCACCCAAUUCUUCACCACAGCCACCACUUACAGGCUGCAGUCACGGUACACACUGUGGAUGCAGAGUGCUAAUGAACGACAGCAAAAGAAACGUAAUUUGUGAAUGGUAAUCCAUGCAGCAAUGGGCAGCUUUGUUUUGUGCUUUUUACCAGGAACAAUUUAACUAACUUCCUGAGUAAACUAUUAGGCAUAAAAGCUUUACAUUUUUGUAAAUGUAAGGUUGGCUCCGGAUUGGAAGGGGAAUGUGCGUGAUGAAUGGACCUGCCAUAACAUUUAAUAAAAUGGAGCAGGAGGCAUGUUAGACCUCCAAAAACAGGGAUAUAAGUUUAUACAGCAGCUGAAACUCUGGAAGCCCUGUUCUGCUGAGCCAAGAGAAGCGGGAGAGAGAGAGCUCGAAAGAGCCAGAGAUGAUUUGGUUUCCUUAACUGGAAGAGCAGAAAUCUGUGCAGCUGAAGACUAAAAAGGUGCCAGACAGAGUGUGGAGGGAGAGGCUGUUGUUUUUUCUGCCGUUUCUGUUUUGUAUGUAGAAAGUUCAUUGCUCCGACAAUUGCUGUAUGGAUCCUGGGACAAUGCAUCUCAAGAUUUUUAAGUAAAGGAUUAUUUUUCUACUAUUUAUUGAACUUGAAA